AUUUUCGGUGACGCACCUCCCCCCGCCCUCAACCCCCAAUCACGGAUACUUGGCUUCGGCUUCAUCCAGCUGCUUACACAUUUGUACCUACCACCGGGUCUCAUCCCCCGAAGUCCGAAGACUCCGCAAGCCCCGAACUGCGACCCUAUACACCAGCAUAGAAUCCUCCAGUAGUUGGACCUUCAGUUCUGUCCUCCUCGCGACAUCCCUUGUUGGUGUUCUUUCGUUAUCGCGACCUCUGUCCCGCGACACCGGCCCUUCAUAUCCGCAUCUGCAUACUAUGCGCCUGCGCAAAGCAGCCCGCGUGAUUCUUGUCGGCGCACCUGGCGUGGGCAAGGGUACACAAAGCGAACGUCUACUUGAGCGCUUCCCCCAAUUGACUGCCAUAUCCUCCGGCGAUCUUCUCCGCUACAAUGUCAAGAAUAGGACACCGCUCGGUAUCAGGGUGGAGAGCACCAUGAAGAGUGGUGGUUUGGUCUCCGAUGACCUGAUACUCAGACUCAUCACCAAUGAGCUUGGUCACCGAGGCUGGCUGUCCGGAGGUCGCUCGAAUGUUAUGACCUUGGCCUCGUCCGCCGUGGGAAUCGCCGAGGCAUACGAGGACUCUGAUCCCUUCAUCACUGCCAUCGAUAGGAACCCGGCAGCGGGUGCUAGCCUGUCUGCGCACGCCUCUGAGGACCCCACUGCCUCAUUCCUGCUCGACGGCUUCCCACGCACUGCACCGCAGGCAGAGAAGUUGGACGACAUAGUACCCAUCAACUGGGCUGUGUCUAUCAAGACUCCCUUCGAUGAGAUCAUCAAGCGCAUCACUUCGCGAUGGGUUCAUGAACCGUCUGGUCGUGUAUACAACACGAGUUUCCAUGCGCCCAAAGUUCCCGGCAUUGAUGAUGUGACUGGGGAACCAUUGGUUCAGCGGGCUGAUGACAGCGAAGACGUUUACCGCGCCCGUUACAAGAAGUUCCAGGAGACGGCUGAACCUUUGCUUGAACAUUAUGCGAAGAAAGGUGUCCUCUGGGAGGUCGAGGGUAUGAGCAGCGACGAGAUUAGCCCCAAGCUCUAUGCCGAAUUUGAAAGGCGGUUCGCUUGAAUAGCCAUUUGGCAUGCUCGAUUGUCUGAUAUAUAGGAUGUGUGUAUAAACCUAGGGGACAACAGGGGAAAUUAGGACUGGCUAGUAGCUCGGGAAAUGCUUGGAGUGCGUGGAUGCUUCCAUCGCUCAUGGAGUUUAGGGGAUCACAUGUCUGGGCUCGAAUAGCCCGACGGACAUGUAGAUAUCGAAGGGUUCAGAGAGCCACGGCUCGCCCGGUUUGCUACGUAUUAUUAUCACUUAUUCAUUCUCAUACACAAGCCCCAUGAUGGUGGUGAUUAUAACGUAUUCAUGGACGAACGCCCAACUUUUCUUAACAUUUGUGUUCACUAAAAAAUGAGCACGCAAAGUAUGACCAGCCAUCGCAACAGUCAACGGGACAGCGCUUUUAGAGGUGAUUGACCGGAAAUCCAGAGC